GCUGUUGAAGGGGAACAUGGCAGCUGCUGUCGGUGUGAAGCUGGCUCCAUGGAGCAGGAGAGCCUCGCUGUACAGAACCACGUCCCCUGGCGGCGGCUGUCGGCAACACGCGGCCGUGACUCAGGUCGUGAGGAAGAAGAGCAGCGCGAUGACAUCACAGAGCGACCAGGAGUUCUGUCUGCAGCUGGUCCGGUCCAGAGACUACGAUGGCUUUGUGUCCUCCCUCCUCCUCCCAGAAGACGCCCGGCGCUCCUCCUUGGCUCUGAGAGCGUUUAAUGUGGAGCUGGCUCAGGUGAAAGAUUCCGUUUCCCAGAAGACCAUUGGUCUGAUGCGGAUGCAGUUCUGGAAAACGGCCAUAGAAGAAAUCUACAGAGAUGAGCCCCCGAAUCAGCCGGUCACCGCCGAGCUGUGGAGGGCAGCGAGGAAACACUACCUGACGAAGAGAUGGCUGCUGAGGAUCGUAACCGACAGAGAAAAGGAUCUGGAUGACCGAGCCUACAGGAACCUUCAGGAGCUGGAGACGUAUUCAGAGAACACACAGUCCUCCUUAAUCUACCUGCUGCUGGAGUGUUUAGGUUUUAAAGACGUCCACGCCGACCACGCAGCGAGUCACAUCGGCAAAGCUCAGGGAAUCGUGACGUGUCUCCGAGCGACUCCGUACCACAGCAGCCGGAGGAAGGUCUACCUGCCCAUGGACCUGUGCAUGUUGCACGGAGCUUCUCAGGAGGACUUCAUCCGCGGCAGCCGGGAGCAGAACGUCCGGGACGUGGUGUACGACAUCGCCAGUCAGGCUCACGUACAUUUACAACACGCGCGAUCCUUCAGCCACAACGUUCCAGCCGCUGCCACCGCAGCCUUCCUGCAGACGGUGGGGCUGGAGGAUUACCUGCAGAGAGUGAGGAGGGCAGAUUUCGAUAUUUUCCAUCCCAGCCUGAGGAACAGAAACCCGCUCCUCCCCAUCCAGCUGUACUUCCGCUCCUGGAAGAAGACCUACUGAGGCCCAACCCUUACAGAUGGUUAAACCAGCUAGAGAACUCUUUGCCUUUCCCCCCCCGAGGAGACACGAUCAACGUCACGAAGGUGCUGGACACUGAGAAGCUGCGUCUCGCCAGCGCUGCUCUGUGCACGAGACUGAGACACACGUCCUCCUUCACGCAAUCUAACAUGAGACUUUGCUUCUGUAGUGACGGAGCCGUCGUUUCUGUGAAUUAUAAAAAGAAAACUUUCACCACAAA